AUGACUGGUCAGGACCUGAGGAAGAAGGAGGAGCCAUCAAAGUUACCACAAUGGUUUAUUCAGAGCCAGACAGAGGAGCUCAGAAGGGGGGUCCUUGCCGAAAUUUGCUGGCAGGAAAAUCUGUUGUCGUGGCAUCUUGACAGCAAAGCCCAGGUUGACAUGGGUCACCAACACAGCAAGUUUUCAGGUUUUCCUGCCAACUUGGAGACUCAAAAUGGCUGUAAGAGAAAGGGAGGACCUAGUUGCACCAGUAAGGUCCAGCAUAAGAUAAGCAUCUCCCCAAGAACCCUGAGAGCUAUGUCACACGCACGGUGUCUGAAAAGACUGUGGAUGAUGAACGACUUGAAUACAGAAGAUGCCCUGCAGAGCCAGAUCAAACAGAGCCUGGUUACGGAUGGUGAAAUAUACUCAUGUGGAGAUCUCACCAAGUCCAGUGGGGGAUAUCAACAGCAUUGCCCUCAGGACCUCCUCUUGUCAAGUGGGUUGAACGCAUCUUGUAUCCCAGUCUCCAGCAGUUUUCACUUCUCAGAGGAGCGAUCUUUCCUUAGCAGGGAGGAAAUUGAUAUAGAGGAGGUCUGCGUGAACUUUGAGGAGAAUGCAGACAUGGUAAGUGAAUUUUCAGAGUAUGACAAUGAUCUCUACACUGACGGCACAUCCCCUUGUCAGUCACCUCAGGAUCCAAUUAAUGAUCUCUGUCAACUUCAAGACAGAGGGACAAGUGCGGAUAUGAAUGCUGUCAAAAAGAGCUCUCAAACGGGAGACAGGAUCUUAGAGGACAACCAUCUGAUUGUUCCAACAGACUGCCAAGUUUAUGAAACCAAACCGUAUGAAGUGGCAUCCAGGCUGGCAGCCAAGGUAGAUGGGGUCGAAGGCAUUAUGCGCCAGGUAGGCUUCACAAGUUCAGAUUGGAUCAAAGAACAAUCCCCACCCACCUCAUCCACAGAUGGGUCACCGUACAAAGCCCCAGAUCCAUCCUUCAUUCAGACAUUGGAGUCAGUGAUGGCUGAGUACAAUUUCCCUUUGGAAGAGCCUCAAGGCUUGGGAGGGGACUUGAGUCAAAACCUACGGAGAGCCCUACUAAUGGAUGAGCUCCUGGAAGGGUGUUAUGGGGACUGGGAGACUGUUAGCACCUGUGAUCAGGAUCUGGAGAAGAGGAGGAUCAGAGUAUCUUUGAAAAAGAGCACAGAAAAGUAUAACCUAAUCCAGUACCAGCACAACCAAGGUCCUAUUAGCUCAACACCUACCACACCAAACCUCAAACCAGAGAGGAAGAGCAUUCCAUCUGCAUCGGCUAUCCUCAGUGUUUCACCCUUGUCCUCCAGCAGUAUUUGUGAUGUGUCCUCCAACUUGUCCAAUUUUUCCUCAAGAAUCUCUUCCCCUGUCCAGGAGAUCUGUGCCCUUCCGUGGCUCAAAAAGGAGAAAGAGGAGAGUGAAAUCAGCAGAAGACAACCAAAGGGAAAACUCAACCUUGCAGAAGAUACUACCAAAGAGAAGCAGUUCAAAAGAUCAAUUUCAGGGUUUGGUCUGAGGGACCAAACCCCCUGUAGUCGAUCUACUCGAACCUGUGCAACAGUGCCUACUUCACCCUCUGCAGGCCAUCCUCAAGAAUCACACAACAACCACACAUCUGACCCCUCAGAAUCGCUCAGUGGCCAAGGCCCCAUUUCCCCAGAACCCCCUACCAACCAAGACCCCGUCUCCCUGGAGUUCUCAGCAGACAAACCCUUUCCGUUCUCUAAUUUCCUAAAUGGUCUCCGAGGACUGAAGAGGGAAGGAUCAAGAGAUGAGAACAAUAAAUCAACCAUCUUCAGUCAGAAGAAGAACCCUACCAGGCGAGGACUUUUCCCAGAGUACCCACCUAAGACGGAGCCCAAAAGUAACUUCUUGGAGCAGCUGACCCAGUUUCUAAGCCUGGAUGGCAGCAAAGAAUCAGAGGAAAUGGAACAGCAGCAGGAGCCUCUGGAAGAGCUCCCACAGUCCCCAGAGAGUCAGAGCCCAACAGUAGAACAGGAAAGCCAAACAGAUCAGGAGGAAACAAGAACUGAGGAAGAACUUGCCGUGGCUCAGUCUGUGGAGAAUAGUAAGGUCACUAGUCCUGAGUCAGCUUUAGAUGCAUUCAAGGCAUUUUUCAUACCGAGGCCUAGCAGAAGAGAUGAUCGCAUAGACCUACAGUCAGCAAAGAAGAAGAUAAGGAAUGACAAAGAUGUGCUGCAGGCCUUAUUUGAGAGAACAUCCAACAAGUCUUCAGCCAACAGGACGAUCACUGAUUCAAAAUCUGAGGUGUCCUCUCCAGGAGAGAGUGAGGAACGGACGCCUGGAAGGCUACAAACCAUCUGGCCUCCUCCAAAACCCAAAGACAAGGAAGAGAAGAUUGGUCUCAAAUAUACUGAAGCUGAACACCAGGCAGCUCUUCUACAUCUGAAAAGAGAGUGUAAGGAAGAGGUGGAGAAGUUAAAUGCUGAUUUUGAGCUCCAGCUGUUCCGUUUGCGGGGGGAGAAUGCAGAGGCUCUGUCACGGCUGGAGGCCACCAUCGCAGAGAUGCAGAGAGAAAUGGUCCAGUCCCGUCCAGACCUCCGAGAUAUCGGCGUGUCCACAGAGGACCACGUCUCACCCAAAACGUUCCGCACUGUUUACAUCCAAACCGACAGGGAUACCUUCAUCAAACCCCAGGAGAAUGAGGAGGAAGGGCGUGGCACACACCCAAGCUCUCAGCACAAUGUCCCCAAAAAACUGCCUCUUACCUCUAUCAGUCUCAGCCUCACAGGUAAACAGGACCUGACACAGAAACAAGCCCCUCCCCUUGCCCCAUCCUUACCUCUACUCAACCAACCAGAAUCAAUCAGCGAAGGAGCCCCCCCUCCUCCUUCUCCUCCUCCUCCUCCUCCUCCUCCACCUCCUCCUCUACCUCCUCCUCCACCUGGCUCCACUGUCUUCCCAGACUCCUCACAGCCAUUGAAGGAACAACUGCCAAUCAUACCUGUGGGUUUGCCUCCUCCAGCUCCACCUCCUCCACCCAUGACUGGGUGUGGUCCCCCACCUCCACCACCCAUGCCAGGGUGUGUGCCCCCCCCUCCACCUCCAGGAGUUGGUUUCAUCCUGAACAGAGCAGUGGAGAAACCUCCCCGUAAGGCAGUAGUGGAGCCAGCCUGCCCUAUGAAGCCCCUGUACUGGACACGGAUUCAGAUCCAAGACAACAAGAAUAAUUCUAUAUGGAACUCUCUUGAAGAGCCAAGCAUCAACAUCAAGGAGUUUGAGGAGCUGUUUGCUAAAGCCAUAGCACAGAACAAGAAAAAGCCCCUCUCAGACACCUAUGAGAAGAAAGCCAAAUCUAAGAGGAUCAUCAAGCUGCUGGAUGGGAAACGCUCUCAGGCUGUGGGAAUCCUCAUCUCAAGCCUUCACCUGGAGAUGAAGGACAUCCAGCAAGCCGUGUUGACCGUAGACAACUCUGUGGUCGACUUAGAAGCAAUAGAGGCCUUAUAUGAGAAUAGAGCUCAACCAGAGGAACUGGAGAAGAUUAAGAAAUAUUAUGAAACAUCGGACGAGGACCAACUCAAAGUUCUGGACAAGCCCGAGCAGUUCCUGUAUGAGCUCUCCCAGAUUCCUGACUUCUCCUGUCGAGCUCGCUGUCUCAUUUUCCAGGCUGCCUUCACAGAGACUAUUGCCUCAAUUAAACGCAAAAUACAAGUCAUCCACCGUGUGAGCAAGAAUCUUCUGGAGAAUGAGAGUGUGAAGGAAGUGAUAGGACUGGUGCUUGCUCUGGGCAACUAUAUGAAUGGGGGGAACAGGACGAGAGGACAAGCAGAUGGCUUUGGGUUGGAUAUAUUGCCCAAACUAAAAGAUGUCAAGAGCAGAGACAAUCGCAUUAGUCUGGUGGAUUACGUUGUGUUCUACUAUUUACGAAACUUUGACAAGAAUGCUGGUACAGAUAAGAGUUUGUUCCCAUUGCCUGAACCUCAAGAUGUUUUCCUUGCUGCCCAAAUAAAGUUUGACGACCUCUCCAAAGAUCUUCGAAAGCUAGGUAGAGAUCUAGCAGCUUGUGAAAAGGAUGUACAAGAAGUAUGCUCUAAAUCCUCUGAUGAACAUCUCCAUCCAUUUAAGGAGAAAAUGGAGGAUUUCAUCUCAAACGCACAAAAAGAACAUUUUGCCUUAGAACAUCUCCUUAUGUCUGCACAGAAAAGCUUUCACGACUUGGUGGGUUACUUUGGGCUGAAGCCUCGCUCAGGGGAGCAGGAGGUUGUGCCUGGCUAUGUUUUCGUGAUCUGGUUUGAGUUUUGUAAUGAUUUUAAGACCAGCUGGAAGAGGGAGAACAGGGCCAUCUCCAAAGAGAGGCUUAAGGAGGCACAGCAGUCUGUACAAAACAUCACUGCAGACAAAAAGGUGGAAACCAGGAGGGUUCAUGCCAACAGCCUGAAAGAGAGAUUGCGUCAGAAAGAAGCAAACCUGGCUACAAGCUGA